AUGAGCUCGUCGAGCAUUGUGACAGCAUCCCGCCAGGCGGCCGCUCUGCGGCGAAUCGCCAAGGAUCUGAGAGAGUUGGAGGCCGAGCCUCUGCAGCUGGUCUCUGCCAGACCGGUGGAUCUGAACGAUCCCUUCUGCUGGCAUGUGAACCUUCGACCUGCAGACGGCCCGCUCAAGGGGUGCAUCUUCCACUUGGUGAUGCACCUGCCAAGAGACUAUCCCUUCAGCCCUCCGAGUAUCCGAUUCCCCACGGAGCAUUUUCCGUCCUUUCGACAUCCCAACCUUUUUGGGAGCAUGAUCUGCCUGGACAUCUUGCAAUCUUUCAUCGGCUGGCACGAUGCGCACAGCGGUUGGAGCACAGCUUACACGGUCCAGACUGUGCUGCUGCAGCUAGCAUCCUUCCUCUUCGAGACCGACCACGUGCCGCAGGACUACGGUGGCCCCAAGAAGUCUCAAAUGACCCCGAAGCUGGCAGAGAAGCUCCGGGCCGAGUGCGAGAAGUUCCGGUGCCCCUGCGGACAUUGCUUUUCGGCUCCGAUGCCCGAGAUGAUCGAGCCCCAGAUUCUACCUCCAAGCCCUCCUCCCAGCCUUCCCUGCGUACCCUCUGGGCCCUCUGGGCCCUCUCUCCCUCCGACGCCGAUGAUCUCCCACCAAAACCAGGGCGAGCAGGGCCCUGAAAAUCCGCCGAGUCCCCGCUGCGGAGACCUGGUGAAGGGCCGAGUGGUGCAAGAGCACCCCGGAGGCUUCGUCCUGGAGCUGCCCUUCCAAAAACACCAGGGUUGGCUGGCCCGCGAUCGCCGCUGCGCCCUGGCACUGCAGCAGGAAGUCUCCGCCGUCGUGACCUGGGUGCAGUCACAGUGGCUUUACCUGCAGCUGGUCCCUCGGCGUUCCCGGCAGCAACUGGAAGAGCUCCAACAGCUUCAAAAGGAAGUGCCGGGGCUCAUUCUCUCCGUGAAAAGCUACGGCCUCUUCGUGGACAUCGGCGCCCGGGCGCCAGGCCUCGUCCACGUCUCGGAGCUGGACGCCGAGCUCCAAAGCUUCGAUUCAAAGACGCCUUUGCUGGUCCGAAUCCUGGAGCUGGAGUCCGCCAAAGGCCUCCGGCUCACGGCCCGGGGGGGCCCCUUCAAAGCGCCCUCUUCCUCGGCGAGGCGGCUUCACUUGCUGCAGCCCGCCUUGUGCGUGGACUUCCCAGGCCCCGCAGCCGAGGUGCUCCUUCAGUUCUUGCCCCUUGAGGCUUUGAGGUCCCUUUCUCGUUCUGGGCGAGCAUGGAUGGGACCAGCGGAGGAGGCGGCCUCCUCUUUUCUUCGCACGGAGCUGCGCUGCUUCCACACGAAGGCCUCUUUCGAGGAGGGGAUUCUGGGCUUGGGCGUGGCCAUCACCGAGGAGGAGCGCACGGGAAAGCGUCACCUGACAUGCGAUUUCGACCCGCUCUCCGAGGAAGCAUUCUUCAAGCUGCAGGUGGGCCAGGGAGUCUGGAAGCAGAAGAUCAGCUAUUGGAUCCCCAUGGCCAUUUGCAGGGAGCAUUUUGAGCAGGGCCUGGAGAGGCUUCUUGAGGCCGUGCGCGAGCUCGGCUCUGGGAGGGUGGCCGAGCUGACGAAGUCUCACGGCCUCGGCUCCGGUGGGCGCCAGGGGGAGCUGAGGCCUCCAAAGCCCCUUGCGGGAGAAGCCAUCACCUUUGACGAGUGGCAGGCCCAAAGGCAGGCGUUGCUGGAAAGGCAGCGCCGGGAGCGCGCGGAGAAGGCCCGGGUCCUCGAGAUGGAGAAGGCGGAGGCGGAAAGAUGUGGUCUGAGCCUCGAGGAGUGGCGCCAGCAGGCGGCCGAGGCCGAGGCCCAAAAGGCCAAGGCCAAAGCCAGAGCCAGGGCCAGAACUCUUCUCGGUCCGGGGCCGGCCGAGACGCUGCCCUUGGACCAGGCGGCGGCUAUGGACGUUUUGCCAAAGCUGAUGAACUCGCAGAUCGUUUUGCUGAUGAAGGGCGAUGUGCACACGUCCGAGAAGGCGAUGGCAGGAUACAUGGCCUUCCAUCACACGCUGCUCCUGCUCAAAAGCCGGUGUCCCAGCUUCAGCGACGCCAUCGAGGAGAAGCUGCGGGUCUUUGCCGCGGACGAGGAGAUGAGGCGCAAGGAGCAUGUACCGAACCUUGGGGAGUUUAUGUGCUUGCUUUCUGUGUCGGACGAGUUCACGUGGGACAAGCUUGCGGUGCCCAUCCUCGAAGAGACUUUCGACCGGGGCGUUCUUUGGCUGGUGAAGGCUUAUCCCCACCUGGCUCACCUAUUUGCUCCCGUGGACGAGAGGAUGGAGAAAACUUGGGAGACGAGCAAGGUGUCUCGGGAGCUUUUGAUGUUUCAUGCUUGGUUCUUGCACCAUGUGGCUCACAUCAAGCAUGAGCACGAGCACGGCCUCUGUCAACGAGCAAGUUGCAUCCUGGAGCGCUACGAGCGCACGAAGGGCUUGCCAUUGCAAUCCCACGUCAGCGGCCUGCAGAAGGCCUGCCGCCGCUUCCGGGCCACCCGGACCUGGCAGGACUUCUUCCGGUCCCUGGAGGUCGAGCCCAUGGAGCAGCAAGCGGUUGGGGCUUGGCUGCUCCGUUCCGCCCGAAGGUCUCUGAGGAAAGGCUACCAUCGAAACCCUCGCGUGACGAGGGGAUGA